GAGCGGAAGCAAGUGGAGGAGUUGGUGGCCAAGAUCGCCGAGGAAGACGCUAAGGAGGCGAAAGCGCGCUCGGAGAAACAGGUGGAGUGCCCUGGCGAGAUCUGGACGAUCGGUGGGUCGCGACAGAUGUUACAGAAGUUCAUGCUGGAACAGCUGCUUGACCGGAAGGCCAACCAAGAGAAGAUCGAAGCCGAAGAGCGCGCCGAGAACGAGCGCAUCGAGCAGUUCGCCCGCGACAAGCGCGAGCGCGAGGCCACGGAUGGAGAUCUGGAACGCAUGGAGCGUGAGCGCCAAGAAAAAGAAAAGGAGAAGACCCGCGUUCUCAACGCCAUGCUAGGCAAAAUGGAGGCCAAGAACAAGGAAGCCGAGGAGUUGCGCAGUCUUGUGGGACGUGUCAGUUUGACCAUCCCAAUGGAGCUGGAGAUCCUGCGCAACGAGUUGCACUUCGAGGAGCUUCAGGCGGAAGCGCGCCGCCUUGACGAGAUGAGGAUGCGCAAGAAGUUGGAAGAUCGGGAGGAGAUGAAGAACGCGUACCUCAUUCAGAUGCGGCGCAAGGAGGAGAAGAUGAUGCGCGCGCGGGAAGAUGAGGCCAAGAUGCGCGACGAGCUCAUGAAAAAGUUCGCGGAGGACGAUCGCCUGGAACAGGUCAGCGAGCACAAGCGCCGCAUGAAGGUGGAGCAGCACAAGCGCGAAGCCGAACGUUUGGUGGAGCUUCGUCGUGAAAUGUACGAGCUCGCGCGCGAGAAGGAGCGCGAAGAGCAGGACGCGCUGCGUGCGGAUGAAGAUCAGAGGAAGACCAUCAUCGAGGAGGAACGACGUAGGCUGCUGCGGGAACAUGGCCGUGAAUUGAAGAAAUUCCUGCCCAAGCACACCUUAGAAAGCAUGGAGGGAGUUAGUAGCGAAGCCACCAACACGGACAAGAUGCGUGCGCACCAGAUGAAGGUGAAACCGACGGAUGGCCUUCGACACGAGGACAUGGACCUUAUGGUCUGCACAGACUUGAUCGACCAGGCGUCCCAAACUUCGGUGUUGAACGGCAGCGUGUCGCACGCCUCGGUCUUGGAGGUGUUGGCAGCCAAUCCAGAGGACAAGGCGAUGGCGUCAGAUGCGGACCCGCAGAUGCUGGUGAAGGUGGUCUUCAAGGACGCCAAGAUGGCCACCCUGGCCAGCCUUCCUGCAUUGCGCAGCCUCGAGUUUCUUGGCAAGAAAUUGGAUGGAACUGGGCUACAACCCAGUGAUGCCAUGCCCAUGAUGCCCGUGAAUCAGGCUGUUGACCUCCAAAACUGGUCAUUGAGGAGUGAUGAGACCAUUGAAGGCGAAGUGGUGUACCGCAUGGGUGGUCAAUUCUGGCCCUCGCGGUGCUUCGCGCGCUUGACGGGCGACUUGUUGUUGAUCCAACGGAGCGGCAAGCAGGAAGCAGCUGUCACGCUGCAUGGCGCUGAAGUGAUGUUGCGCUCACAGAGCACUGUGUGCCACGGCGAUACGGCAUGCCACGGUGAUACGGCGAUCCCGUUGGAUGCAGACCUGUGGAAAUAUGGUCAUCUCCUCACGCCAAAACGACUUUUGGACGCCAUGGCGCCACUGAAAAUCACGGUGCAACUGGCCAUGACCGGCGAGAAGUUGAUCGAGCUGGAGCUAGAAACCACGGAUACCUUGUUGACCCUGCGGGAAGGCAUCCGCACCAGUACUGUGGUGAAGGAGCCGUUCCGCGUGAUUUUCAAGGCACAUCCUUUGACCGGUCAAGACACCUUGGAAAGCGCUGGAUUGGCCUCGGGUGACGUGGUGGACGUGCUGCAGCAAGGCAUCCCCGGCUGGACACGUCUGUGCCACGCAGAUCACACCAGCCAAGAGACCACCGGCGAUUACCUGGUUUGGGACGUGCCUCCCUUGGAGGUCCCGGCGCUGGCCGCGCGGGCCUCGCGGCUGCGGAUCCAGCAGCGGGACGCGCCGGAGAUGGCCGUGGAGUCGCGGCCCGAGUGCUAUCCGAUUCAAAACCUGCGCCGCGGCGAGCCCAUCGGUUUUGGCUUGGGACCCUCGCGGCAAGAGAUUCAGGAGUCCUGGACGACCCCCGAAGGAGCCACAGCAGAGCUGAUCCCAGACAGACUGUGGCACACCAAACAUCAUUGGCUUCGGAGAGACCACGACAAGUUGGCCAAGAAGAUUUAUCACUGCUGCGACAAUGGCGAUGGAAUCCACUGGGAUGAAAACUUUUCUUCGUGGACCGUGGGUGGCGAUGAGGACUUAGAGCUCUACAUCGAUGUGCCCUGAGGGUUGGCGACGACAACAA